AUGAAUCGUCCUCUUUUUCGAGCACGAAAUCUUGAUCCGAGUAAACCUAUACGACUUUUUGUCGAUCAACAUGAUGAUAAUAAUAAUACACUUACAAAUUCAUCAACAACAACCACCACAACAAAUCAAUCAUCUUCUAGUAAUAAUCUUCUUGUUUCAUUUUCGUCCACAUCUAAUUUUCAAACAUCUCAACAACCAUCAUUAUCAAAUUCACAAUUACCACAACGAUGUGUACCACAAAUGCCAUUUGUAUCUGGAAUGGAACGAGAAGAAGAAUCGGUUAGAAUAUAA